AAAUCUUUUUUUUUUUUUUUUUUUAGUCAGACUGAUUCAUAGAAACUCCUUUAAAACAGAGUGAAAAGAAACCGCCCAUCACACACCCCAGCACACCAGCGCUGGAAACUUAUAACCCCGGGAAGCAGGUCCCUCCCCUCACUGCGGUCACAUACCUCCAGAAGAGCGGACAGGGCAGCCACCAGCUCCUGCUACUCAGGGUGCUUCAGUGCCCGGAAUCCUCAGAACUCUCGUUGCUCUUCGAGGCAUCAAGAAGCCAAGAUGUUGGUAUUACUGGCUGGUAUCUUUGUGGUCCACAUCGCCACUUGCAUCAUGUUAUUUGUCGGUACCAUUGCCAACGUCUGGGUGGUUUCCGAUGAUAGACAAGGAUCAGUUGGUCUUUGGAAAAACUGUACCAUUGGUGGCUGUGAUUACGUGCUGUCAUAUGCCAGCGAAGAUGCCCUCAAGGCGGUGCAGGCAUUCAUGAUCCUCUCCAUCAUCUUCUCCGUCAUCUCCCUCGUGGUCUUUGUGUUCCAGCUCUUCACCAUGGAGAAGGGAAACCGCUUCUUCCUUUCCGGGGCCACCAUGCUGGUGUGCUGGUUGUGUAUUAUGGUCGGAGUGUCCAUCUAUACUCAUCAUUAUGCCAGUGGUUAUGGGACCAGCUACUCCAAAAGUCACCAUGGCUACUCCUUCAUCCUGACCUGGAUCUGCUUCUGCUUUAGCUUCAUCAUUGGCGUGCUCUAUCUAGUCCUGAGAAAGAAAUAAGGCCAAAGGAGUUCAUGGGGAUCCUGGGGCAGGGGGUGGGGAGAAGAAAGCCGUUGAAUCUGGGAGGGAAGUGGAAGAUACCACGCAGGAAAACCCAAGGGGGGGCGGGGAGGGGAAGGAGGGUGGGAGAGGCUGGAAAUCCAAACCAUUCCUGGGAAGGUUCUCUACCAUGGAGCUCCUGCCCUAGGGAGGGAGUAGUUGGCUACUCUCUGCUACUCUCUCAGCUGGAGAGCCUCUCUCCAGCCACCAGACUUGGCCUCCAGCUGUUCUUAGUUACACACACUGCCUGGGGACCCACCAGCUGCCGCACCACUGGCUCCACUCCUGAGGCUGAACUCUGGGUCUCGCACUGCGGUCCUCAGACCUAUUGCAUCAAGUUAAAAUAGCGGUACAAGUUCCAGCAAGCACAGAUCUUGUUUUUGUGUUGAUUGUGCCAAGCCUGGAAGCCAUCCCGCCUUUCUGACCCAAAGCAGAACAUCACAUUCCAGUCUGAAGGGCCUGUAGGAGGGGGCUUUGGCCUGUGAGCCAUUAGCCCUCUUUAGAACAGAUAUUUAACUCUGUGGAACUCAGUGGUAUUUGUGAUGAAAUGGGAGAAAGACAUAAAGUCCUAAGGCCAAAUUGGUGGGUGAGUUAAACCAAGAAAGAGGAUCCCAGGGGAAAGCCUGGGGGCUGGUCAGAACCCAGACUGGACCUCACGCAGUUGUCCCUCACAGAGAACUCAUGUUGUGGACUUUGCUAGGCCUCUUGCUUAAAGCCAAAGCAGCUCUUUUGGCAUUUCUGUAGCCACUCAUGACCAGUUCUGUGGUGAAAGCACCACACAAAUGAUGAGACCAAGGGGCAGUCUCGUGACAGUGCUACAGUAGGGUUGUUUUUAGGAUCCCCUGUUCAUGCGAUCAGUGUUUCUUUUAAGCACAUACUGGGAGAGAGAUGGACAUGACUUCUUGUAACAUGAUUUAUUACUCUCCCUCUAAAUUAUAACUUUGGAGGACGUUUUUCCUAAAAAAAAAAAAAAUUAUCUGCAUUGGGGAUCAGAACUUCUAGUCUCAGUGGUAGCUCUCUCUCUGACAUGGGCUGGAGCCAUUGCCUUUCAGAGGCCCUGUCUAUCCUGCAAGUGAGGCAGGGCAAUUCUGGAAGCUUAGUAAAACACACACAAACCAAAACCAAAUAGAUCCUUGGGGGAAAGGUGCUAUAUAAUUGUAAAGUAUUAAGCAUACUAGAUUUCAGUCAUGAUUAGAACAGAGUGCCUGCAUUCCCAGGAAAAUUAGAAAAUUCCCAUGAGACAAAUAAAAACAUAGGUGAUAGACACAUAUUUUCUUUAAGAGAAAAAAUAAAAAGCAAAAACUCCUGUGGUUCCCAGUCAGUUGGCAAUUGGGCUGUGUGUUGCCAUAGGAGCAUUUCUAUAUAGGACUUAGUAGAUGUAUGUUAUUCCUGGGGAAGCAGCAUUGCUCUGGCCUGGAGCAGCUAUUUCAAGCCAUCUCAGAUUCUGUCUAAAGGGGUCAUUUUGGGAAGAUACUUCCUUUAUUACCAGAGAAGAUCUACCCCAGGGGGAAUGUGAGACAUCUUGCCUACUUUUCCUUCUCCCAGCUCUCUCCUUAUCCCAUUUCUUACACACUUUUCCUUUCUGGGGAGUUGUCAUGCCAUGAUUGCUGGUAUUUAUGUAAAAGGACUAUGACUAAAUAUAUUGCUCUAUGUUCAUUCUGGUUAAGGGAAUAUUGAGGACAGGCCACCAGAUUACACGGGCUGGGGGUAGAGAGAUGGCAAGCAAGAACUGUGGAAUGAUGAACUUUUUUAUAUGAUUUAAUUAUCACAUGAUUAUAGAAGGCUGUCUUAUGUGCAGAAGCAUACUUACAUAUCAGAUAUACUCAAAAGAGAUACUCGCAUUAUGUUGAAAAGUCAAACUAUGACUGGAGUGAACCAUGUAUUCCCUUGUCUUUUACUUUAUUUCUGUGACAUUUAUGUCUCAUGUAAUUUGCAUUACAUUGGUGGGUUGUUCUAGUACUGUAUCUGGCUUCUCCUUUAAUAGAUUGAUAUUUCAUAUUCUAUAAAUGUAAAUAUUUUGAUACAAAUGUUUAUAACUCUAGGGACAUAAAAGUAGAUUCUGAUUCCCUUCACCGUGUGAAUGUUUUCUUCCUAAAAAAAUGCAGGACAGUAGAGAUAAUAGUGACAUUUAUACUUAACGAAGUUGUCGAUCAGUGCGAUUUGAACAACUUGGCAUUUAUUUGAGACGUUAAACUACUUUCUGGUAAUA